AAGCUCCACCAAAACGUCACAACAAAAAUCCGCGCGUCCAAAAACAAAAAUUUCCUCUGCUCGCACUGCUCGCCGGCAAUCAACGAAAGAUUUUUAUCGAAUUUUACCUCGAAUGGUGUGUGUAGAAAGUGCUGGCGCAAUAUGACUUCCAUCAUCAAGAUGCACGCCAUAUCUGGCGCGAUGGAUGAGUCGCCCCCGUGCUAUAUCCUGCAGGUGGACGAUGUGCGAAUUUUGCUCGACUGCGGCUGGGAUGAAAAGUUCGACCAGGGAUUUAUAAAGGAAAUCAAAAAAUACGUGCAUACGAUCGACGCCGUGCUGCUGUCCUACCCCGAUGGCAGUCAUCUCGGGGCCUUACCGUACCUGGUCGGUAAGCUGGGCCUGAACUGUCCCAUCUACGCGACGAUUCCAGUAUACAAGAUGGGGCAAAUGUUCAUGUACGACAUGUUUAUGUCGCACUACAACAUGCACGAUUUCGACCUCUUCUCGCUCGACGACGUGGACGCUGCGUUCGAUAAAAUUGUCCAGCUAAAGUACAACCAAAGCGUGGCGAUGAAGGGCAAAGGAUACGGUAUCACCAUCACACCCCUGCCGGCCGGCCACCUGAUCGGUGGCACCAUUUGGAAGAUUGUGAAGGUGGGCGAGGAGGACAUCGUGUAUGCGACCGACUUUAACCACAAAAAGGAGCGCCAUCUGAACGGUUGCGAGCUGGAGAAGCUGCAGCGGCCCUCGCUGCUGAUUACGGACGCGUACAACGCCCGGUACCAGCAGGCACGGCGACGUGCGCGGGACGAAAAGUUCAUGACCAACAUUCUGCAAACGCUGCGCAACAAUGGCAAUGUGCUGGUAACGGUCGACACGGCCGGGCGCGUGCUGGAGCUGGCGCACAUGCUCGACCAGCUGUGGAAAAACAAAGAGUCCGGGCUGAUGGCGUACUCGCUGGCGCUGCUGAACAACCAGAGCUACAACGUGGUCGAGUUCGCGAAAAGUCAGAUCGAGUGGAUGAGCGACAAGCUGAUGAAAAGCUUCGAGGGCGCCCGAAACAAUCCGUUCACCUUCAAGCAUCUGCGCCUGUGCCACACGAUGGCCGAUCUGGCGAAGGUGCCCAGCCCGAAGGUGGUGCUGGCCAGUUCGCCCGACCUGGAGAGUGGCUUUUCGCGCGAACUCUUCAUCCAGUGGGCACCGAACGCGAGCAACAGUAUCAUCAUCACGAGCCGCUCCUCCCCCGGCACGCUGGCACGCGAUCUGAUCGAGAACGGUGGCAAUGGGCGCAAAAUCGAGAUGGACAUACGGCGGCGCGUCGAGCUGGAGGGUGCCGAGCUGGAGGAGUACAUGCGGACGGAGGGUGAAAAGCUGAACCGGUCGAUCAAGAAGCGCGAUCUGGACGAAAGCAGCUCCGAUUCGGACGACGAGCUGGAGAUGAACGUCAUUACCGGCAAGCAUGACAUUGUCGUGCGCCCGGAAGGCCGUUCGCACACGGGAUUUUUCAAGUCAAGCAAAAAGAACUACGCCAUGUUUCCCUUCCACGAGGAAAAGAUCAAGUACGACGAGUACGGGGAAAUUAUUCAACCGGACGACUAUCGCAUGGUCGACUUGGGCCCGGAAACGAACGGGGGCGAUGAUAAUAAGGAGAACGGAGGCAUCAAGACGGAGGACAUCAAGAAGGAAAAGGAGGACGAGGUGACGGUGCUGGACAAACCGACCAAGUGCGUGCAGUCGCGCAAACCGAUCGAAGUGAACGCGCAGGUACAGUUUAUCGACUUCGAGGGCCGUUCGGAUGGGGAAUCGUUGCUGAAAAUUCUCUCCCAGCUGCGUCCCCGGCGGGUGGUGGUGGUGCGCGGUUCGCCCGCCAACACGUCCCACAUCGCCGAGCACUGCCAGCAAAAUAUAGGCGCGCGUGUGUUCACACCCAAUCGUGGUGAGAUUAUCGAUGCAACCACGGAAACGCACAUCUAUCAGGUACGGUUGACGGAAGCGCUUGUGUCGCAGCUCGAGUUCCAGAAGGGUAAGGAUGCCGAGGUGGCCUGGGUGGAUGCACAGAUCGUGAUUCGCAACAAGCGAAUAGACACCGUGGCGGAGAAGGACGCUAACGGUGCGGCAAAUGGCGGUGGUACCCUGCUAUCGGCCAAUCCUGUCGUUCCCGGAGCUGGCGGAAACUUGGGCGGUGGUGGUGCUGGUGCUGGUGGCGGCGCCGGCGAUACACAGAUGGAGGUGGACGAAGUGGAUACGAUCGACGAUAAGAUGGACAAACAAAUUUUAACGCUAGAGCCUCUGGCACAGGAAGAUCUGCCACCACACAAUCCGGUGUUCAUCAACGAGCUGAAGCUGAUCGAUUUCAAGCAGAUUCUGAUGAAGAGCAACAUUGCGUCGGAAUUUUCGGGCGGAGUGCUCUGGUGCAGCAAUGGCACGGUGGCGCUUCGUCGCGUGGACACCGGGCGCGUUACGAUCGAGGGUUGCAUUUCGGAGGACUAUUACAAGAUACGAGAACUGCUGUACGAACAGUACGCCAUCAUUUAAUGGGCAUAAUUAACAGUGCAUAUGUGUUUGAAAUAAAAAGUUCAUCCGUCAUUACAAAAUUCAA